AUUAAAUAUAUCAUCCAUGGGAACUGGCGAGGAAAAGUGGUCCAGACUGAGUACAGAGAGCGAUGCGACGAUUGGGAGGUUGAUACGUGUGUGUAUACGUACAUGUAAUGCAAAUCUGGCCGUCCAUCCGACGGGCUGUGGAGGACACGUGGCGGCUAUCGGCUGUCACACCAAAGACAAGAAAUCGAAAAAUGGCGAAAGGGCCAUCGUCGAAAGGCUCAAAACGGAAGUGAGGCUGCUACAACACGAGAUCGAUGAGAUCAUGUGCAUACGCGAAGCCGAGAGCCAACUCUACAAGAGAGAAUUAAUGGCCUUUGCCUUAAAACAAGCCGAGUGGAAGAGACAUCGUAAGAGGCUUAAAGAGGAGGUAAGAAAACUCCGGAAGGCUGUCCAAGAUCGGGAAAAAUUAGGGACAACAAGUACUAGGAAAAAAUGUUGUCUCAAGGAGGACGAGGAAAUGGCGAGGAGAGAUGAGACUGUGGAGAAGUGGAAACAACUCUAUUUUGCUAUCAAAAUCGAGCUUGAUGACCUCAUUCAAAGGACUUGUCAAGGUUAACUUUUGUUU